UAUCAACAUGAUACACUGUCUCUCUACCUCUCUCUCUCUCUCUCUCUUUUUUCUUGAUUUUUUUUUAAAUGUCGAUUUUUCAACAACUUCCUAGUGAAAUAUGUCAACACAUAUUUGAUCAUGUGGCAUCCAACAGAGCCAGUUUACAAGCAAGUAUGUAUGUAUGCAAGAAAUGGUAUGAUUUUACUAUCAUUCCAUUCUAUAAAAACAUCCAAAUUCGAGGCAUCAACAUAGCCAGACUACAUACACUCUUUUCAACCAAGACAGAUCUUCAACCCUACUUUCAAUAUACGCCACACACGACCACACUCACGAUCUAUCAUGACGAACAUCAACAACACACUGUUAAAUUAUCGAGCAAACGGUUUCUGGAUCUCUUGUUAUACUUUCCCAACCUGAUCAAAUUGGACUUGAGUGGCAGCCAUCAUUGUGAUCAUUACAUGAAAACCAUUCUUUAUGCCAAUUUGCCGAUCUUGAGCCAUAUUCAACAGAUAGAUACUGACUACUCUUAUUGGUCUGAUGUCUAUUGUAGUUACUACUAUCUCUCUGUCUGUCAGAAAUACAGCCAUACACUUAAACAACUCUAUCUCUUGGACGAACAACAACCCUAUGAACCAACUCAUUUUAAUCACAUCACUUUCUUACCUCAUUUUUCUCAGCUCACAAAUUUAACUGUGUUCAAUUACGACAACAGGAGUCUUACCCUGUUUAGUGUACUGACAAUGUGUCCUCAAUUGACGCAUGUUUCGUAUGAAAGUAGUUUUUGUAUGAACGACAUUGCCACCUAUGUCUUGAGUCGAAUGAACCAACGUCGCCCUUACCACCAUCGUCUAAUAUCGCUUGUAUUACGGUUACCUACACUUUCUGAACCUUAUCUUGAUUACCUUUUGUACUAUACCUCAUCUCAUAUGGAAACCAUUAAACUAGAACUUGUUCAGGACAAUUUCUUUAACUGGAUUCAAAAGCAUGGUAUUCAAAAAAUAGUCGCAUUAGCCAAACGCAUGAGUUUAGCUUCUCACGCCAUGAUGUACGCCAGUUCAAUACACCAUACAGCGCAUCCUGUCCAACAAGACUAUCUCUCUCAAGUGAUAAACGCAUUAGGGCAUCGUCGCCAGUUAAAUUAUCAAUACACACUUCGAGAAUAUGGUCAUGCACCAGUCUUGUUGGAAGUGACUCAAAAUACAAUGCAUCUUGACUAUGGAUUACUACUUGAGCAAGACCGUUUCGAUGCAUCUGUUUUCCAUUUAAAUAGGAUACAUCAACUUGAACUGUAUGGCCAAUCAAUAUCUGUGGCAUCAAUACAUGCGAUUGUGGUACAAUGUCCUUGUCUGGAGUACUUAGAAAUGGAUAGUAUGGAUCAACAUUGUUUAUUUGAAAUCAAAAGAGGCGUGUGCAUAGAUAUAGAGGAUUUGGCUAAAAACGAAUUCAUCAACCAUCUAGUGAAAAGUCUCUCAAAAGUUGAUAUUUACCCAAGGGUCAUUCAAUAUCAAUAAUAAAAAU